UUGGGUCAUUCACCAUCAAACAUAUCUAAUCACUUAAUAAUUCGUAAUUUUCCUGUGUGGUGCGCUGCGUUUGUCAGUUGUAUAAGGAUAGUCAGUAACUAACUCAGUGACUUGUCCUAGUUACUCAUGCUAUUAAUAAUAGUCUAGAAUUAGAUAAUUUUUGCUUUUAUUUAUUAUUUAUUAUAUGUAUUUUUUUAAAUAUAAUUUUAUUUUCAAAUAGUUUAUACAGUUUUUUUUUUAUUGUAAUUAUCAUGUUAAAUACAGGAAAAUUAUCUGGUCUUACUGUAUUUAUUACUGGAGGAAGUCGUGGUAUUGGUAAAGCCAUAGCCAUUAAAGCAGCAAGAGAUGGUGCUAACAUAGUCAUAGCUGCCAAAACAGCAGAACCUCAUCCUAAACUUCCUGGAACUAUUUACACUACAGCUAAAGAAGUUGAAGAAGCUGGAGGAAGAUGUUUACCUUGUGUUGUAGAUGUUAGAGAUGAAGGACAAGUUGUAGAUGCUGUUAACAAAGCAGUAACCAAAUUUGGUGGAAUAGAUAUUGUUGUAAAUAAUGCCAGUGCUAUAUCAUUAACAGGAACUUGUGAAACUGAUAUGAAAAAAUAUGAUUUGAUGCAUAACAUAAAUACAAGAGGAACAUUUUUAGUGUCAAAAAUGUGUAUACCUUAUUUAAAAAAAAGCAAGCAUGCACAUAUUUUAAAUCUUAGUCCACCUUUGAAUUUGAAUCCAAUUUGGUUUAAAAAUCAUGUUGCUUAUACAAUGGCAAAAUAUGGAAUGUCAAUGUGUGUUCUUGGAAUGUCACAUGAACUCAAAGAAUACAAUAUAGCUGUGAAUGCAUUGUGGCCAAGAACUGGUAUUUAUUCUGCAGCUCUUGAAAUGUUGUCUGGGCCAGACUUAUCUAAAAAGGUUUCUCGUAAACCAGAAAUAGUUGCAGAUGCAGCUUAUGCUAUUUUAUGUAGAUCGGUAGAAAAGUGUACUGGACAAUUUUUAGUGGAUGAUGAUGUUCUACGAGAAGAAGGAAUAACUGAUAUGGAUCAAUAUAAGAGUGAUCCAAAUUAUAGUGGAGAACUCAUGUUGGACUUCUUUUUAGAUGGUGUUUCCCAUCAUGAUGGUUUUACUGAGGGUAGCAAAGUUUCUUCUAAAGAUGAAAAAACUAAUGGAGGUGAAGAUACUAUUGAAAAAAUAUUCAUAAAAAUCAAUACUCAUCUUACUCCUGAAGUAUCAAAAGGAACAAAUGCGUGUUUCUUAUUUGUUGUUAAAGGCGAUGAAGAUAGAACAUACUUUGUUGAUUUGACUGGUGAUGGAUCUGCAGGAAAAGGAAAACCCGUUACUAAACCAGAUGCCACAUUAACAAUGGAAGCCGAUAAACUUGAAGAAUUAUUUGAUGGUAAGCUUAAAGCAGCUGAUGCUUAUAUGUCUGGCAAAUUAAAAAUAUCAGGCAGUCUAAUGAAAGCUAUGAAAUUGGAAAAAUUAAUGAAGUUGUUAAAAGCAAAGUACUAAUAAUAUUUUUUAAAACUUAUUUGUUAACGUUUUAAUAAAUUAGGUUUAAUAUCUGGGGAUGAACAUAUUAUUAGUUUAAUUAUUGUAUCAAUACUGUGUCAAAUUAAUCUUAAAAAUUUAAAUAAUGGGUUUGAUAAGAAAUAAUUUGUAAUAUUUAGUUAAAUUUUUUAUUUUAAAUCAUUUCAUAUGGCUCAAACUAAAAACUUUUUUAAAAUUAGCUAAUAAAUUGUUAUCAUGUUUAAGACUGAGCUAAUAUCAAUAAUUUUUACAAGUUGAGUGUCAAAUAUAAUUUAUUUUAUUACAUA